AUGUCCCAAGAGUAUAAACCAGAUCAUUCUCUACUCCGUACUCUGCACUCCAAUCCCUUCAUCAAUCCCACCAUGUCUCUGUCAUGCAAUGCCGUAUCCAACCCCUCCUUUGAAACCGGAAUUCUAAGCCCAUGGCAUGCACCCAUCAACGUUGCAACAAUCACCAAUGGAUCAACCGCAUAUAGCGGCAAUUACUACCUCAAUCUCCAAACCGCCGUAGGAAACCGCGGUAACACCAUCUCCCAGGGACUGCGGCACCUAAAGCGUCACACGCAAUACAAAUUCAGCGUACAGGCUCAGCUUCCGUCUCCAUCCGGCUCGGAAUACUGCUCGGUAUAUGUGUACAUCGGUCGGAACGCAACAGUCGGUAACAUUGCCUCGGCGCAACUAUUUCAUCCUGGGGAGUGGAUGGAGGUGGCUGGGAGUUGGGUGCCGAGGCGGGAGCAGGAUGUUCUGAGUAUUGUUGCUGCUUGUGAUUCGGAGGAUUCGUCGGUGACGGGAAAUGUUUUGCUUGAUGAGAUUGUUUUUGCUCCUGUUGAUUGUUAUGGGUUGGAAUAG